CAACUAUUGUUAGAGUUUUUAUAAACCUUGAAAUUGAUUUACAGAAGCUAUAAGAAGUCUGGAAAGAACAGUGAAUCAGGUCCAAAAUUCGGUUGAUGGAUGGACUCAACAGGUCCAAGAACUGCGCUCUGAAUUUACGGACAUGAAGAAAUCCUUUGAUCAAAUGUGUGCCAAGCAAGGAAGAGUAAAUGUGCAGCUUAACCUUUUAAAUAAAUAUAUUCAUGGCACAAAACAUUACUUUCCGCUAAAAUCUAUGGAAGAAUUAACCGAAUUGGAAGAUAAAAUAGAAAAUCCUGGCAUCAAAGCAGCGGUGGAGACGGAGCUGCUGCGAAUGGUGAAAAAAGGUGAUGACAACUUCCUGUCUAAAAUUGCUACUCCUGAUUUGAUAGCUCAGUUCAACGUGACAGGAAGAGGAUCAAGGAUAAAUUUACUGGACUAUCAUAUUUUUAAAUACAGUUCAGAGAUAAUGCAGCUGAACAGGAAGCAGCUCAGGGUCCAUGUGGAACGCCAACAAUCCAUAAUCCGAUCCAGACAGAGGAGGGCAGCACAAAAGACUACAUCGAUCCCAACUCUGGAAGUUGCUCAGGAAGUCGUUCAGGAAGUGGUUGAGGAAGUGGUUCUGGAACCUGUACCUGCCGCACCUGCACUGCCUAUCGCAAACACUACACUUUACGAGUUUCCGGCGGCCAUUAUACCUCCGUCAAGUUUUUCCAAUGUAUAAAUCCCUUAUCUAAAUUUGUAUAAUCUCUUUUGAUCUCUCUAAAUUUUCAACUUUCACUGUCGAGUGCUCUUUUUUAGUUUUCUCUUUUUUUUUAUUUUAAUUUUUUUCAUAUCUCAGCACAUAUAAAAAAUCACUUUUUAAUCAUUUAGCCCUGAGAUAAAUCCCUAAUUUUAAAAUCUUUAAGACAUCGAAUUUGGCAAUAAGGGCAAUAAGACACCGACAUACAUAAAAACGUGAAUUAAAAUUUAAAAUUUAAAUCAAAUUCUUUAAAGACUGAAAAUGAAGUUGUGAUUUUAAAAAGUUAACUUAAAUGUAAUAGUAUUUGUGAAAUGUUAAGUGUUAACAUGUUAUUUAUAUAUUUUUCAAAAUAAAUUUGAAUUUAAUAUAUUUAUAGGAUUUUAUUACAAAAAUAAUCGUUGGAAAUAGGCGGUUAGGUUUGAAAUUCAAACUGGCAGUUAAGAAUUCAAAAAUCGCAUAUUCCCCACGUCAAUUUUCCCCUCAACUGCGAACAUCGAUCCCCGUUCGACCUGUGUCACUCCAUAAAGAUUUACAUUGAAGAGACCGCACUCUAGAACGCGUUUGUUAAACCAUGUUCAAAUAGCGAACUUUCGUUGCUGGGUAUCCAAAAAUGAACGAAAUCGGCAGGGCCAAUUUUUGCAGUAAAAAAAAUACAACAUGUUUUUGUUUGGGAUAGGAGGGGUAGCGGAUAAUUUGGAUAAGUUAGUUCAGUAGAGAAUUUUGACUUGUGGGAGGGGGUCCUCGAAGAUCGCAAGUUAAUAUCUCUCACCGUUUGGCAGCCAGGUCGGCGAGAAGUUGAAAAUAAAUUGGAUUGUGGAAACCGGUGGAAACUGCUCUCUCUUGGAGUUCGAACAGUUCAAAAAUUGAAGCAUUGUACCUUUUUGAAAGCCAUUGAAUUUUCAAUUUUUCGAUCUGUCACAUUGCCCCAUAUUCCCCUAUAUGGCUUUACGAGCGAGAAUAAUUUGAUAAUAUUAAAUUUGGGUCAUGAGAUUGUAUUUCUUCAAAUUAUUGCCUUUUAGAAUGAAUUAAGAAGACUUUCUGGAGAUUUUUUGUCUCUAAGAAAAUGCUCAAUCUUUCACUUUGAAGCUCUUAUAAUUAAAUAAAACUUUCAGGUCACAUAUAA